AUGACGAUUCCAAAGCGCUUCCUCGCGCUCUCCGCAUGCGCGCUCACCUUCUUCAGCGCGCGAUAUGCGCCUGAGUUACUCCUGGGAAACAGAAGCUACGUGAAGAGUAUAUCGGCGCUGUUCGCGCUGCAGUACUUUGCCCAGGCGUUCUACAAUGUGCUCAUAUAUCCGUUCUUCCUGAGUCCGCUUCGCCAUCUGCCGCAGCCGAGUGGCGGCCAUGUCAUCUUUGGCCACUUCCCGCGCAUGUUCCGUGACCCCACGGGCGAGCCGCACCGGGAGUGGAUCGAUACUGUGCCGAAUGAGGGCGUGAUCUAUUACCGCAACUUGUUCAACAGUUCGCGUAUUUUAGUCACGAAUCCCAAGGCGUUGGGCGAAGUGUUGGUGCAGAGGAACUAUGAGUUUGUGAAGCCGGAGCGGCUAAGGAAGGGUUUGGGACGGUUGUUGGGGGUGGGGAUUUUGUUGGCUGAGGGGGAUGAGCACAAGCGCCAGAGAAAACUACUCAUGCCGGCCUUUGCGUUUAGGCAUGUCAAGGACCUCUAUCCGAUUUUCUGGGGAAAGAGCCAAGAGAUGACGGACCGCAUUGUCAGGACUGUUGAAGCAGCUACCGAUGGCUCAGUCGUUAUCGAAAUCCGAGAAUGGGCUUCUCGUGCAACCCUCGACAUUAUCGGUUCCGCAGGAAUGGGCAAGGACUUUGACUCGUUGAGGGACCCGGAGAAUGAGCUUUUCACGACUUAUCAGCAGAUCUUUGCCAACAAUCGGGGCGCUCAGAUCGUUCAGGUCCUCAUGGGCAUGCUACCCCACUGGCUGGCUGUCAACUUACCAUUGAAACGCAAUGACGAGAUCGGCAACGCGAUUGGUACCAUCAAGAAGGUUUCCCGUGAUCUCAUCGCCGCAAAACGCGCCGAGAUCCAGAAAGGAGAGAAGCUUUCCCACGACAUCUUGUCUGUGGCCAUGGAAUCAGGCGGCUUCAGCGACGAGGACCUCGUGAAUCAGCUAAUGACCUUCCUCGCAGCCGGGCACGAAACUACCGCCUCAGCCAUGUGCUGGGCCAUCUACUGCCUAUGCAAGCACCCAGAAACGCAGCAACGUCUGCGCGAGGAACUCCGCUCCCAGCUCCCCGUCCUGUCAGACCCAAACGAUUCCAUCUCAAGCACUGACAUCGACCGGCUUCCGUACCUCAACGCAGUCCUGCAGGAAACCAUGCGCAUCUUCCCCCCCGUACCCCUCACGAUGCGCGAAACCGCGCUCGACACAACUAUCUGCGGCGCCUUCGUCCCACGCGGCACCACCGUCGUCAUCUGCCCCUGGGCCGUCAACACAUCGACGCACCUCUGGGGCGCCGAUGCGCGCGAGUUCAAGCCUGAGCGCUGGCUCGGCAAUCACGCCAACACGGGGGGCGCGGAAAGCAACUACGCCAUCACCACGUUUUUGCACGGCCCGCGCAGCUGCAUCGGCAAAGACUUCGCGAAGGCGGAGUUUGCAUGUCUUGUUGCCAGUUUGGUCGGUAGGUUUGAGAUUGAAUUUGAGGAUGGCGAUUGGGAAUUGAAGAUCCAGGGGGGUAUCACCGCAAAGCCUAAGGGGGGGUUGAGGGUUAGGUUGAGGGAGGUGGAGAAGAUGUGA